AGCAGCAGGCUUGUAAAAUAAGCUUUGGCCAGCUUCAUGCUGCUGCUGUUUGUUGUGUGUUCAAAAGGACUGAUACUUCGUAGGCUUAUGAUGUUCAUAGAAGAGGAUGUACAAGUGAAUGCAGACUGUGAAUGUCUGUGUGUUUGCAUUCAGUGAACCUCUGAACCUUCCGGUGCUGACUCUGCUUUUAGCACAAAGUCCUGCAAGGUACAACAAGCCUUCAGCCUUUACCACAUCCCUUCCAUCCCUCAAGGGACUACUGCAGCCUCUCAGGUGGUGUGUUUUCUACUUGAUUGCAUUUGUUGAACCCACAUCAUGAGUGUAGAGCCCAAAAAAACGAGUGAGUCUUGCUGCUCCAAGCUCAAGCUCUUUCUGGCUUCUAUGGCAUUUGUAUUCUUUGCCAAAGCCUUUGGUGGAGCUUAUAUGAAAAGCUCCAUCACUCAGAUUGAGAGACGCUUUGAUAUCCCGAGCUCCCUCAUUGGAGUCAUAGAUGGCAGUUUUGAAAUGGGCAACCUGCUGGUGAUUGCUUUUGUGAGCUACUUUGGUGCUAAGCUCCAUCGUCCCAGACUAAUUGCUAUCGGCUGUUUGAUCAUGAGCGCUGGAUCAUUUCUGAUAGCCCUGCCUCACUUCUUCCAAGGCCUGUAUAAAUAUGAGACGAGUAUGUCUCACAACGCUGGUGCCAACAGCACUGAGAGCAUCCUGCCCUGUCUGUCCAACAACACCGUGAUUGAUGCAGAUGAGACACCUGAUUUAGUUUCAAGAGCAGCUUGCGAAAAGGCAGCUGGCUCGUCCAUGUGGAUUUAUGUAUUCCUGGGAAACAUGCUGCGUGGAAUUGGAGAGACUCCCAUCAUGCCUCUGGGAGUGUCCUACCUGGAUGACUUCUCCAGAGAGGAGAACACUCCUUUCUAUUUGGCUUGCAUCCACACAGUGGGAAUCUUAGGACCCAUGUUUGGGUUCAUGCUCGGGUCCUUCCUUGCCAAGGUCUACGUUGACAUUGGAUUUGUGGAUUUAGAAAGUGUGACCAUUAACCAUAGAGACUCUCGCUGGGUGGGGGCCUGGUGGCUGGGCUUCAUAGUGACGGGCACAGUGAUCCUGCUGUCGAGUAUCCCUUUCUGGUUCCUUCCGAAGUCUCUGCCAAAGCAGGGCGAGGAGCAGAGCCAAAAUAAAGGCACAGAGCUCGCCACAGUACCAGAACAGGAGAAUUUCCUGCAAGAGGAAAACCAGGAUCAGGAGGACAAAGAGAAGCCAGUUACAUUCCAGGAGCUGGCUAAAGACUUCAUUCCAUCUCUGAGGAGACUCUUCAAGAACAGCAUCUUCACACUGAUGAUCCUCACUUACCUGGUGGCUGUGAAUGGCUUCAUGGGCAUGAUCACCUUCAAACCAAAGUAUUUGGAGCAAAUCUAUGGCCAGUCUGCCUCCAAGGCCAUUUUCCUCAUAGGUAUACUGAACCUGCCAGCUGUAGCUUUGGGCAUCAUCACCGGAGGUUUUGUGCUGAAGCGUUUCAAGCUAGGCAUCAUCGGGGCAGCCAGGGUGUCAAUCUCCGCCUCUCUCGGCUCCUUUUGUCUGCUUUGCGUUCAGGUCUUCAUCCGCUGUGAAAAUACAGAGGUGGCUGGUCUCACUGUCUCAUACCAGGGGGUUCCUGGAGUGUCCUACAACCAACAGACGUUGCUGUCACAGUGCAACACGGGCUGCUCCUGCUCAAUGAAGCACUGGGACCCAGUAUGUGCCUACAAUGGCAUGACGUACGCCUCUCCAUGCCUGGCUGGCUGCCAUACUUCCUCUGGCAUUGGCAAGGAAAUGGUGUUUCAUAACUGUUCCUGUGUUGGGGAGAUGAUGAGUCCAGCCAUGAACAUGUCUGCAGUGCUGGGCCAGUGCCCCAGGAAGAGCGACUGUGACCGCAUAUUCAAAAUCUACAUGGCUUUGUCUGUAAUAGGCUCCUUCAUAUCUGCCUGCGGAGGCACGCCAGGAUAUAUCGUAUUGCUCAGGUCCAUACAGCAAGACCUGAAAUCUUUGGCUUUGGGAAUGCAGACACUGAUAGUAAGAACUCUGGGUGGGAUCCCUCCUCCUAUAUAUUUCGGUGCACUGAUUGACCGGACCUGUUUGAAGUGGGGCACCAAGCAGUGUGGAGGUCAAGGAGCAUGUAGACUCUACGAUGCUGAUAAAUUUAGGAUGACAUUCAUGGGGCUCAUUACUGGACUCUACUUCCUAGCCAACGUGCUGUGGGGAUUUCUCUACGUCAAAAUUGUCAAAAGACAGAAGAAGUUGGCUCUGAGGAAUCAGGCCAAAGAAAACGGACUGGAGGGUAACGGAGUCAAUGGACACGCCAAUAUCAACAUUGCCCAGAACACAGAAGACACAGAUAAGGAGAGCACUAUUUAAGGUGUUUUGUAGUACAGGUGACAGACACAGAUUUUCCAUAGCAUACAUACUGUACUGCAUAUAUACUGGACCAAAUGUGGUAAUGGUACAGUGUCAGCACUCUUUGAUCAAGCAGUAUGCCUUUUUUUAAUGCAGAUAUAGUGUGGCCAAAACAUGGGGUUCACUUUAGAAGUCAAAGAUCAAAGAAAAAAUCAAAUCAUAUGAAAUGACAAGUAAUCCUUAUCAGAGGAAAAAUGCUUUCGAGGAACGGAACAAAAACUCAUUUUUAGCUCUACUUCUAGACUACCAAAAUAGUCAACACAGUGGGACAUUAAAUGUGAUGUGUUGGAGUGGGAAGAGUGCCUGAGCAGAAACACAGUUCACACAAGAAAUAUUUCAUGUCAGAGGAAGUGAGAAGAAAAUAUGUCCGAUAUUUGGAUAACAGUUGGCUUGUCAGCUUGUGCACACCAUUUAUACUUCAACAGAAUUAGCUCAGGUAACAGUCGUGUCUCGUCUACCGGAUUCACAUUCAAAUUUGUCAAACGUACACAGUAAUGGUUUUAAAGGCUAGUACAAGACAACUGUAGUGUCUGUGGAUAGAGAUGCAGUAGCAUCACUUAAUAGCAUGAAGUAUUGAUCAUGUUUUUCUUAGUUAUUUACAGUGUUCUAUGAUGUUUUGUAAUAAAGAUUAGAAAGCCAACAUAAUUGUCUUCAUUGACUGACUGUAAUGAGGACAUUGAGGAUGGCUAUGGUGUAUAUUUAGUGAGUGUGAGUGUGUCAGAAGCACAGUGUAGAGUUUACACAUGACCAGCAAAUGAAUCAACUGAAAUAACAUUAGAGGGAAAUCAGACUAUGAUUUAUAAAGGGAUAAUUAGAAAGUAAAUAGUUAUGUGUUACUACAACUGGGAUAAUUAGGACUGCCAGAGAUUUGACUUUUGUCAAAAUCUGGCUUUUUUGAUGCAAGAAAAACCCAAACUAAAAUAUGAGAUACUGUAGAUGGUACCUAUGGCAGCAGUAGUGCUUUGCUUCUUCCACUCAGAGUCUGUGUGUGCAGAUCAGCAGAUUCAUUGUUGAUUGAGUCUGUGAUUGCUGCAGGCUGAUCCAGUCAGUGAAAGUAGCACAAGCCUUCUCAGAAGAUGAAAGCAGUCAUCGAUAAACAUAGAUUGGACGAAUCCAUAAUACUUGACAUUGUGUCUGUGUCUCUGAGCACUAUAUUCGUGCAGAUGCAAAAGAGUUGGGGGUAACCUUUUUUGGUAGUUUGCACCUCUAAGCAAAUCUGCUAUGCUAUGAGGGCAGUGCAAUGUGUAAAGGAAUAGUGUGGGAUUUUGGAAAAUACAUUUAUUUGCAUACUUGUUAGAAAGUUAGAUGUGGUUAACUUAGCUCAGCUUAGCAUAAAUACUAGAAACAGGGGUUAACAGCUAGCCAGCUUGACUCUGUCCAAGGAAAAGAAACUCUACUUCGUCAGCUUUGUUGGUGCUACUAACACAUCAUAUCUCCUUUCUUAAACUGUAAAAACGUCAUGCUGUGGGUUUUAUAUGGUGUUAUAUACCCGGCUAUGUCUUGGUCAGGUGCAGUGACUUCCUGCAGUAGAGAUAUAUUAUAUACAAGAUAUAUAGUGUUAAUUAGAGAGCUCUUUUGUUAGCUUUGUUCAGAGCAAUGCUAGCUGUUUCCCUCUGGUUUUAGCCAUUAUGCUAAAAUAACCACUGCUUAACAUGAAAGUGGUAACAAUUUUCUGACCUAACUCUCAGCAAGCAAGGAAAAUAUGCAUAUUUUCCAAAAUGCUGAACUACUCCUGCAAGUUUAAAACCAACAUGUUGGACAAAAUAAUAACUUAAAGUGUAUCUUGCUACAUUUAUGUAGUUGUAGCCCAACCUCACAUUUGACAUUAUUGUCCUCCACAGUAAAUAUAGUGAUUAUGAUCUCAGGGUUCCCUGAAAUUUGAAUUUGUCUUUAAAAUGAUUAUAAUUUGCCCUUGGAGCCACCAGAGUGCUUUAUGUAAAUAUUUGAAUUGCAUUUUAUUUGUGCUUUGGGACUCUGUACCUCUGUCACUUGGGAGGGGAAUCUUGCCUAUUUUCUAGUGAUCUUAUCAGUUAAUUACCUUGCAUUCUUGCCGGUGACACACAUUUUUUAUGAUGCAUAUAUGGGGCAGGUAAGGAGGGAUAUAAAGGGGUCAAGGAGUCUGAAGUAGGAGGAAGGGAAGCCAGGCCUAGUUUAAGAUACAAAACUGCUUAAUUUCCCCAAGUUACAUGUCAGAUUUGGUGACAGGCAACUUUGACUCAAGCUGUCAUUAUCCACUCAACAACAUGUGACAUGCCUGACAUUGUGCACACUUUGUUACGUCACAUCAUUUUCCACAAACGCUGAAGGUCAUGAACAUCCAUAUAAGCCUCUGACUCAUUGGUGUUUGUCUGUAAAAGUUCACUAUAGUUUGCACAGCGGACUAAGAGUCAGAGGAGUGUCACUCAAUCUUGAUUGUACCAUACUUUACUUUGUUAUACACUGUAUACUGUGUUCAUGAUUAAAUCUAUCAUCACUUAAUAUACAUAUAUAUAUAAAUACUGUUGAUAAUGAGAAGUUAUAUAUUAAGUCCAAUAUGUUUGUACUGUGUCCAUUUUUGUUGUUGUACCAUCAUUUCUACAUUUUUUUUAUUUUUUACAAUUUUGUUGAUUGUCCUUGAAGCAUGAUGUUAGCAUUAAAGACACAUUUUCACAAUA